AUGCUUCGGAGACCAUCAAUUCUCGUUGAUAGCGAAUAUGACUCAUCUACUCCAUUGGUCCGGUCUAUUGAAGAUCACAACCAGAUACGAUGGGGCUCAAUAUCUUCAACACAGCCUGUUCUUUCAGGCCCUGAACAAAUUCGCGUGUAUCACGAAUGGAUUGAUGCUGGAAAACCUCAUAACAUAGUUUGUUGGGAGUGUCGUCUCCCUGACAGUCUGAUUGGUUGCCAGACAUGCUGUAGAUCCUAUCAUACUGCAUGUCUAUUGGACGUGGUUCGUUCUGCAGAUAACUUUCAUUGUCCGUCGUGCCGGGCAAGAGCUUGGGAUCAGGCACCACCCCAGUUUCCCGUGCCAUCCCCAGUCCCAAAUACUGGCAGGACAAUUCCAAGCAGCUAUUCAGACCUGUCAUCUGGAAACAAUUCAAUUCGUGGCGAUUUAUCACCAACAACAUCACGGCGUAUAUCCUCGGCGGCCCCGCGAAUGGUGAAUCCCCUUAAUUUGAACCUUGGUGAUGAAACCUAUUCUCGCGGUACGCCAGCUGAGGUUUUUCCUGUUGCAGAGACGUACCCUCAGCUUCUGGAAUAUCUAGCGCUACCAGAUGCUGAGACAGAUCACCAUACCCAAUCGUCACAGUUCAAGCAUCAACUGAGAAUGGCGAUAAAAGAGAUUGAAUCAAAUCGUGCAUCAAUACGAGACAAGGUGAAUAUCCAAGAGGACUUUUCGCGAUUACAGUGCGAGAAUGCACAAAUCAAAGCGUAUCUUGAUUCCAGGCACUCACCCCGAGACUCUGCCAUUCCCAAUCCUUCGACAGCUUCACGCAACAGCUCAAGACCGGCGUCUGAGCAAAGGGGGAGGGCUUGGGAUAGCCUUGCUAUUGACAUGUUCUGA